AUGGCUCCUCUUCGCCUGACGGCCAUUGAACGCGAUGAGCACGACAACGAGAUGCGUUUCUUCAGUGACUUCCUGCACCGCAACCGGGAGGAAUGGGAGAAGAAGAUCGAGAAGGAGAUCCACAACGGGCGCACCCGCAUCACCGUCGACCUGAAGGAGCUGCGCAAGGAGAAGGCUGGGCUGGACCUGAGGGUGCUCGAGUCCCCUGCCAAGUACCUACUUCCUUGGGAGGAUGCACUGCUCAGCUUCCUCAAGGAGACGAACGAGAAGGCGGUGCGGCAGCUGAAGCAGCCGCUCAAGCUGAGCGUGCAGGGGGCCUUCGGGCGCAACCACGUGACGCCCCGGGGCAUGACGGCCGCCACCCUGGGGCAGCUGGUCUGCGUCGAAGGCAUCGUGACGAGGGCCGGCCUGGUCCAGCCGAAGCUGGUGCAGUCCAUUCACGUCCGGAAGGACCACUCCGAGUCUCCAGCGCGCGCGACGCGCCUCAGGGCGCUGCGAGACGGCCAGUCGCGCGGCGAUGCCCAGGAUGAGCCUGGCUGGGUUUGA